UUGCUGUACUGAGAUUGGAAGCAUAACAGGCAGUAGAGACUAUCUGUGUGACUUCUCAGUUUGCCCUAGCAUUAUUGGUCCGUCAUGUGCUGGCAUUGAUUUUUAGUAUAACGUUAAUCUAAUUAAUAUACGUCUAUUGUAUUAUAUAUUUGUGCCAUACUUGUUCAGUUGGUGGUGUAUCAUUACGAUGAUUGGAUUUUUUGUAAGCCUCCAUUUUUGUCAAUUGGUGAAGGAGCUGAGAAAUAAGACAUAUGGGAUUACAAUAUAUGACGGGAUUAUAAUGAUGAUAUAUUUUAUCUAUCAUGGCAAGACUUCAAAUUUUGUACCCCUCUAAGGUGUCACAUUGCUCUCUACUAGUGGAUCCUUUUGAUUGGAUACAUCCAUGAUGGCUCCGCCCAAUACACAUAUAUUCUGAGCCAGUCCCUCGCCCCCUUUGGUGACACAGCCCAGCUCACCUGAGGAUUCUCAUAUAGCCAUAACAGUCACCUGUACCAUCAGGGUCAGAACCCAUCACACCACAAACAACUUUCACAGGACCUGCUUCAGCACACAUACAUAUCAGAAACACACCAUGUCCUCCACCUUCUCCAUGCGCAGCUACUCAGCCCGCCAGCCAUCCUUCUCCAGCAUGUCUCUGAGAGACAGCAGUAGUAGUGGUGGCAGGAGCCGCUCCAAAGCCCCUGUCUCCUCCCUGUCCUCUGCCAACACCCUGUCCCUCUCCCGCUCCCUCUCCAUGGGCAACGGGCUCAAUGUCCUGGGCACCCUCUCCUCCCUGAACGGCAUGGGUGUGGGCGCCAGCGACAAGGAGACCAUGCAGGGCCUGAACGACCGGCUGUCCAACUACCUAGACAAGGUGCGCUCCCUGGAGCGAUCCAACGCUGAGCUGGAGCUCAAGAUCAAACAACUGAUGCUGGAGCGGGCRCCCAAAGGUCACGAUAUCGAGGGUAUGAUGGCCCAGGCUCACGCCAUUGGACAGGAGGUGAGAAAGAAGACCCUGGAGAAUGCUCGCAUCAUGCUGGAGAUUGAUAAUGCCAAGCUGGCCGCCGAUGACUUCAGGGUCAAAUGGGAGGCUGAGGCCACACUGUGCCAGUCUGUAGAGAGGGACUGUCUGGCUCUCAGGAGGGCCAAGUCAGACCACGACCAGAUCAUAGCCACCCUGAGAGGAGAUCUGGACAGCCUGAAGGAGGAGCUCUACUUCCUCAAGAAGAAUCACGAUGAGGAGAUGGGCUCCAUGAAGGCCCGUAUGGCCAACGAGCAGGUGAAUGUGGAGGUGGAUGCAGCCCAGGGCCCAGACCUUGGGGCCAUAAUGGCUGAGCUGAGGAGCCAGUAUGAGGGCAUUGCGCGAAAGAACAAGGAGGACUCAGAGACCUGGUACCUUAAGAAGCUGGAGUCAGUGCAGUCAGAGGUAAAGGAGAGCGGUGAGGCGCUACGCUGUGCUCAGAGUGAGCUCAGCGAGAGACGCCGCUUCCUACAGGCCCUGGAGGGGGAACUGGACAGUCUGCGCAAACAGGUGGGUGUGUUGGAAGGGAACCUGAGAGAGACAGGCCAUAAGUAUGCUCUGGAGAUGGACAGUUUGCAAGCCACGCUGUCUCAGCUGGAGGAGGAGCUGUCCCAGCUGCGUCUGGACAUGCAGCGCAACAAGACAGACUAUGAACAGCUGCUCCGUAUCAAGCAGAACCUGGAGCUGGAGAUCGCCACCUACAGGAGACUGCUGGAGGGAGAGGAAGUGAUCAAGGAAAUGCCUGUUCCUAAAAAGGAGCCUGAGGUGAGGACCAGGAAGAUCGUCAAGGUGGUCACCCAGACCAUGAUCAACGGCAGGGUAGUGGAAGAAUCCAGUGAGGUGGAGCAGAUCAAAGACAGCAAGAAAUAAGCUGAUCAGCUCCAUUCUUUUAUAUCUUCCUCAUCAUCACAUACACAGAGCCUUGGCCCUCCACAUUCUAGUUGGAAUCACAAAUUUGUGAAAGAAUGCUUUUUAUCUACAAACAAGGACAGUCUGAGUCGACUAAGGAGAUGUUCGACCACCAAUCUCUGGACAUGCAGUAACUGUAGACUAAAACGUGMAAAAUGUGUGGGGUCAAUGUAUAAUCAAUAUUGGGAAUAUAUCAUUUUGAGGUUUAUUUGGGAAAUAGUAAACAGUAGUAGGUUAAUUGUGGACUAGAAGUGUGUCUAUUUUUAUAUGAGCGGGAGAGCAUGAGAGAUCCCUUCAACAUUCUACUUUAUAUUAAGUUCUUUAUGGCGUAUAGUAACUUUGUAGCUAUGCUGUACAUUCACCAAAAUGUAAUUAUGCCUAUAUUGUAGCUGCAGAUAAAGUUUCUAAAAUAA